AUGUCCUCUACAUACUUUGAGCAACAAAGGGAUUUGCUUUUCAAACAGAUCACUAAGUCAUUGGAUGAGUCCUUGUACCACUUGGAAUGCGUGAAUCGUGUGCUUUCUGCGUGCACCGUCAUUGGUAAAGGGUCUUUAGUACCUCCAGGAGACUUGUGGAGACUGUUUUAUGAUGGGCUAGCUCAAAUGGAGAAACGUAAACAGCAAGCGGAACUGAAGGCAGCAGAAGAUGGCAUCAUUGGAGAUAACGAUGAAAAUCAAGUUGAUGAUGAAGAACUAUCUUGA